GCAUUCUUCAAAUACUUGCAUAAGAUGGCAGGUUCCGUGGCAAUCGUGGGCAUCUUCGUCGCCCUCCUCGCCGUGGCCGGCGAGGCGGCUGUGUUCACGGUGGUGAACCAGUGCCCGUUCACCGUGUGGGCCGCGUCCGUGCCGGUGGGCGGCGGGCGGCAGCUGAACCGCGGCGAGAGCUGGCGGAUCACGGCCCCCGCGGGCACGACGGCCGCGCGCAUCUGGGCGCGCACGGGGUGCAAGUUCGACGCGAGCGGGCGCGGGAGCUGCCGCACGGGGGACUGCGGCGGCGUGCUGCAGUGCACUGGGUACGGGCGCGCGCCCAACACGCUGGCGGAGUACGCGCUGAAGCAGUUCAACAACCUCGACUUCUUCGACAUCUCCCUCAUCGACGGCUUCAACGUGCCCAUGAGCUUCCUCCCCGACGGCGGGUCCGGGUGCAGCCGCGGCCCGCGCUGCGCCGUGGACGUGAACGCGCGCUGCCCUGCCGAGCUGCGGCAGGACGGCGUGUGCAACAACGCGUGCCCCGUGUUCAAGAAGGACGAGUACUGCUGCGUCGGCUCGGCGGCCAACGACUGCCACCCGACCAACUACUCCAGGUACUUCAAGGGGCAGUGCCCCGACGCGUACAGCUACCCCAAGGAUGACGCCACCAGCACCUUCACCUGCCCCGCCGGAACCAACUACAAGGUCGUCUUCUGCCCGUGAGGCCGCUGAACUAGCAUCAGCGUGCGCGCGUCGACCAAGAACAAGAAAUAAACGACCGAGGCUGUGUAUGUUGCCCGCCGUGUGCUCAACUGGAGCAAAAAUAAAGCCAACAAAACAAGCACGUGUGAUCUCUAUGUCACCAACUCUAUCACCUUAAUUAAUGGGGCAUUAUGAAGUUGUUUCUUUACAUGCUCGUACUGAAAUUGGGUUUUAUGGACUG